AAAUGUCGCACGCUCUGCAAGCAUUGCAUCCGAAAAAGGCAGCGCAACAAUAUUUGCCGCUACCCAAAACAUUGGGCCGCCGCGCCCAGUUGCUUGCCACGAAAAAUUGGUGGAAAAUCUGUUUUGUUUAUGGUCAUGAUCCGUCGAAAUUUUACCGUGAAAUUAGCUACGGCGCAAGCGAUACACAAGCGGUAGCGAACAAAGGCCCCAGAACAACAAAAAUUACUACAACUCCGACAACAAAUAAAGAUAAAAUCACUACCGCGUGUAAUCCGGAGGCUGCUGAUUCACUUCACUCCACAGCUUUGUCAUUGGACAGUGGCAGCGCAUCACAGCGUUCAUUGAGCUCAUUAAAUGAUGGCGCAAAAUUAUUUCCUCGCAACAUGCCGAGCAUAAGACGUAGUCGCAGGCGUGUAGGUAGCAAAAUGUCAGCGGGUGCUGCGAUUGAAGGCAGCGAAGAGUUGCCAGAGAUUGCGACAAAUAGCAGAGGCGGCGCGCGGAAAAAACAGUUAGCGGUUGCCAAGCAAGCAAUGCAAAAAACAAAUUUAUCUGGCGGCGGUGGUAUGUUGCACCGCGUCGAUAGCAGCUGCCACAAAUCGAGCGUCUCCAAAGUCACGAAGUUGACGCCACGAAAAUUGAAGGCGUCAAAUUGCGGCCAAAAGCGUCAACAUUGUCGCCGCACGCCAUUUACGGAGAACAGCGCAGCGGUUGGCGGAAGCGCGACGGCGGGGAGCCGGAGUGGUGAGCCGCGCAAUAAAAGCAACACAAACGCCGCAGAGAAGUCUACCGACAAUGACUGCAGCCGUAACGCGAAGACCAGUAGCAAUGUUGCUAGUAAGCCCGCGCAGGUACCCUGCGAGAGCAAGGCAUUAGGCGCGCUGCCGCAACAGCCGAAUACAGCCAAUGCGCGCUGUCCCAAGCAUGGAAAGCAAGCGCAAAGCGCUGAUAAGCAGCAACCACUUAAAGAGCAAUUCAGUAAUUUGCAUAUGCAGCAGCGACAUAAAAUUUCACAAAAACAAGAGCAUCCACAUGCGCUUCAACAUUUGGCAAAGCCGUUGAAAUUGUCGCUGCUGCCAAACGACAUGGCAGUCGAUGUCGGCGAGUUGUCGCAGACACGGUCAGUAGCCAGCGCGUCGUCGUGUGUCAAUGCCGAAACUGGAACCGUCACCGACCAUCACUUCUCUACACUGAACGCACAGCUCUCACCCUCCUCUGGCGCCUCGCUAACACAUUCACAGCAAUCCAGCCUCAUUAGCUACGACAUGAGUCGUUCCACUAGUCGCCUAAGUUGUUUCGAGUCAUUGCCAAAUCCGGGCGCACUCGCGGUAACAACAACAACAGGCCGAAAACAGGCGCUGGUAUGUCCAUCGAAUUCCGGCAGCAAACUAAGUCGCAGCCAAAAAAAGGAGCACCAACAACAGUACCACAGCCACCACCAUUUGGAUGACACAUUUCUGUCAUCGGGCAUCUCGUGCGGCGAUGGUGAAACGCAAUCUGAAGCAAGUUAUGGCUCACCAGUGCCGCGGCUGCUGGCAUCGAACAUUGCUGAUGAUGUAGAAGAGAAUGUGGAGGACGCUGAGGAUGCAUUAAUUGAGGCUGAGGUGGCACAGCUCACAGCCAAUCUGAGGCGCAAUGAAGAGGCGGCCAAGCGGCGUACGCCAGGAGAAGCAGCAACCACUAAAAUUGCGGCAGCAAGAGAUGAUAUGUGCGCAAACCCAGUAGUUGAAGUGGUAGCUGCAGUAAGUGCAGCAGCUGUAGCAAAGAAAGUUGCCACAAAUGAGGAAACAAUGUCAACAACUGCCACGCUAAAUGUUGCCGAUCUACGUAAUUUGAAAGUACGUCGCAAUCGCAAUGCUGUGUGGUUAGAUGGCGGCGGCGAUGGCUGCAGUGGCAAUGCAGCACCCAUACCCGACGACGCGCAGCUAAGUGACAUUGAAGAGCAGUUGGCGCGCAUGCCAGGGAACGAUCAAGUGGAUAUGAGUUGUGCGGUUGCAGGAAAAAUACCAGGAGAAUUGGAAGGUCACCGCAGCGCGGGGAUAAGUGAGGCAACGACAAUAGUAGUCUCAGCAGCAAUCAAAACAACAACUGCAGCUUCGUGCAAGCGACAAAAGCAUACACCCGCCUGUGCGCGUGAACCUCCACCUCGGCUGCAAUCGUCCUACACCUCAUUAACCCAUCAACAAUUGUUGCUUGAAGUCACCAUGCAACAACCGACCAACUAUUACACACAAACCGAAAGUGAAUUGCUGCAACUGGAAACGACUGGUGGAAAUUUACCCGAAUAUGAACAAUUGCAACCAGAAGCUGCGAUAUUGCAAACCCAAACAACAGAUUAUUCAGCAGCACAACAACCACUAUCACAGUCACAGCAACCAUCACAAUCACAACAACAAACACUGCCAACAAUAACGACACUUAAUAAUUUGGAUAGUGCCACGCCCAAUUCUUCCACAGCCGCCACACCUACACCGACCACGGCCAGCAACUUGGAAGCAUCAUCGAGUAGCACCAGCAACGGUGGCGGCAGUAGCAACAGCACGACCCCGCAACAUUUUGUAGCACCGCUGCAGCGACGCUGCCAGCCGCCGCCACCAACACUGCCACUCAGUUCGAUUUCAUCACCGCUGCGUGCGGCCAACUACAAGACGGCUGCCUACCAUCAGCACCAGCAUCAUCAGCAACAAUUGGAAUUCCAGCGAAAUUCACAGUCGGACGAUGAUAGCGGCUGUGCGCUGGAGGAGUACACUUGGGUGCCGCCAGGCUUGCGACCAGAUCAGGUGCGCUACUGUCAAUCACUAAGCGAUGAGGAGCGCAAGGAGCUGCGCAUAUUUUCGGCACAAAGAAAACGUGAAGCACUGGGACGUGGCGCCGUGCGUUUACUCUCCGAUGAACGGCCGUGCAAGGAGUGCGAUGAGCCAUUAUCCGCUGGUGACAUUGUGGUCUUUGCUCAACGUGUCGGCUCGCAGAUUUGCUGGCAUCCUGGUUGUUUCGUUUGUUGCGUUUGCAAAGAAUUGCUUGUGGAUUUGAUUUACUUUCAUCGUGAUGGCAAUCUCUAUUGUGGCAGACAUCACGCCGAGACGCAAAAGCCGCGCUGCUCAUCUUGCGACGAGAUUAUCUUCUCGGAUGAAUGCACCGAAGCGGAAGGUCGCACCUGGCACAUGAAACACUUCGCCUGCUUCGAAUGCGAGCAUCAGCUUGGCGGGCAGCGUUACAUCAUGCGUGACGGCAAGCCCUACUGCCUCAGCUGCUUCGAUACUAUGUUCGCUGAAUAUUGUGACUAUUGCGGCGAAGUGAUCGGCGUCGAUCAGGGACAGAUGAGCCAUGAUGGACAGCAUUGGCAUGCCACAGAUCAGUGCUUCUCGUGUUGCACCUGCCGCUGUUCGCUGCUGGGCAGACCGUUUCUUCCGCGACGCGGCACAAUUUACUGUUCGAUCGCUUGCAGCAAGGGUGAGCCGCCCACACCAUCCGACACCAGUUCGGGACCACAGCUCCGGCCGACACAUCGUGCCAGUACAACGAGUCAAAUUGCGCGUUCACCGCGACUUGGCGCGAGGCAUAAGGCUAACGGCAGUGGAGCUGGAUGUAGCAAUGGUAAGAGUGCCGGUAGUGCAGGUGAUUUGUUGGAAAGGCAGACGCGCCAGCGAAUGGAGGUGGGCAUUGAUAGGCUGAUGAUCGUGGGCAAGUUGGCUGCGGGCUGUAAUGGCAGUAUACCACCGCUGCCUGGUGUACCACGACCGGCGCAUCCGCCGCCAAUUGAUCUCACCGAGCUGGGCAUUAGCUUGGAUAAUAUCUGCGAAGGCGAUAAAUCGGCCUAUGGUGACCCAAGCAACCUCGCGGCAUCAUUGCCGGAUAUGCUGAUGUCGAAAGGCGAGGACUCUCAUAGCUAUCAGAGCAUCGAUAAGAUCAAUAUUAAUUCGCCAAGUGCAUCGGAACUCACGCAAAGCACGCAAGAGAUCACCAACGAACUGGAACUUGAAAACGAUAACGAAAACUGCGAGCUGCCGCAUGACAACUAUGAAUUACUGUCGAAUGCCAAACGUGCACGCAACAAAUCCGAUGUAGAUGAUGAGGACGAUGAAGAUGAUGGGGAUGAAGACCACAGUGAUGCACAUGGCAAUGAAAAUAAUGCACGCUCACACCUCAAAGAGGUGCGCUUUCACAGCGGGCACGACACAAUGUCCCGUUCGAAGAGCUAUACGGACAGCACAAAUGCGCGGCGACGACGCCGAAGACGAAAUCAAUCGCGAAGCUCCUCGGAAAUGCAAAUCAAUCAGACAAACCUCCGCCUACACAAUGCGCAAACGCAUGCGGCGGGCGUGCACAGAAAACUCGAUAACUGCGAUGCCGCCAGUGCGUGCUCUACCUGUUCGUCCAGCUCGUCCAGCGAUAUGGAUGACUAUUUAUAUCGAAUACCAGCGCGUCGACACUAUGGCGGUGUACGUGUGUCCUAUGUGCCGAACGAUGCGAUAGCUUACGAGCGCAAGCGCAAACAGGUAGCCAGUGAGCAGCACUUGGGCAGCGGCAUUGGAGGGGGUGGUGGCGCAUCAUUGAUUGGCGGUGUAGCCGCGACAAUGACGGCGUCGACCAGUGGCGCAACAAGUGGUGGGGAGACGAAAAGCUGCACUAUAUCAUGACAGCCUCCAGUUUUGCCGCCGCCACCGUUCAGUCUUGGGAGUUACUAUAUAUUAGAUACGAUACUAGAGGAGCAACGCUUGGUGGUAGAAGAGAAGCGGCCGGGUUGCUUACGACGGGUUUGGCGCAUGCUCACUUCAGGUGGCAAGGGUAAGAAGACAGCAGAAGAGAUGCAGAGUUUGUGAGGGAAAAGCCGAUUUGUUAUUGAAGUUACGCGAGAAUAAAAAAUCAUUGGGUAUAGUAUAAAGCUUCAAACCACCAAUCGGCAGCCCACUCAUGAAUUUUGUAUGUAAAUUUGUAUCCUGGAUUCACUUAGGGUUGUAUAAAAAUCUAUCCAUCAGAGAGCAUUUGCUCUGUAUAUAUGUAUGUAUAUAUUUCAGAAGAACUGAAGAACUUCCAUAUCGUAGUUUUAGCUGUAAAGCAGAAUCGAAAAAAAACAUAUAUAACGAAACUUUGUACAAAAAAAUAUAUCCAUAUACACCCAUAUAGUAUAUACUAGUGUACUUAUAUAUAUAUGUACAUAUAUACGACAAUAUUUGACUAAAGGUUUAAAAGGUAAUUGCAUUUUAUGGUAAUAUCUAAGUCUCUUAAAAUUAUAAUGUUCUUGCACAUAAUCUACGUAUAAGAAUCAAAUGCAUGUUAUAAUAAAUUACUAAAAUAAAUAAAAAAUAUAAAAACUACUUUUGUAACCUAAAAAAUCCGUUUCAAGUCGUACAGAAAAAGGAGCAUAGAAUUGACUGAGUAGUUUUCCACGGUGAAGCGACACUGCAGGAAGUUGCUUUUCUGCCGAACUGGCUAGGUGGCGCAUUCUUGAGCUCAUCCUUCUUGCCGGUGGUCGACGGCAGGCGAUCACAGAAGCUUUUUUAGUUGGAUAAGCGCCAUCUCUCACUUUUGACAUUUGUUCUGAACACACAUAGUCCAAUAGAAGGGCAAGCUUCAGCUGUUUUGGCGAGGACACAGUGCAACCAUUUUAGCAUUUUCUUCUAAACUGCUCUGCCUCUGAAAGAAAUAAAGGUUCCUACCUACGGAACUUUUUUUGACCAUCCAACGUUUUUCCUAAAGACUUACAGGUCUAUUCUGCACGUUACCGAAGAUUUUGUAACCGGAAAAUUGUAUAUCCAAAAAAUGU